GAGAUUUAGAGGAUAUUUGAAGGGGUCCUUUUUUCACCCAGAGUGGUACCUAAAAUUCACUACUGGAGAAUGGUGGAAGCAGAGUCGCUAAUAGAAUUGAAGAAGUGUCUAGCUGAAUAUUUAAAUUGCCCAGGCAUAAAGAUUACAGGCCAAGUGCUGAAAGAUGGGAUUAAUACAGAUGGGUACCCACUGGUCCCCAAGCACAUGGCGGGCCAAAUGCCUAUUUCCAUGCUGUAUGACUCUAUGUUUGUAGUCUUGAUCUUCAAAUACCCUUUCCCUCAAUUGACCAAAGGCUGUGCUGGUGCAUUAAAGGUGAUGGUGAAUUUUUUCAUUGAUAUCUGCCUUCACAGAGCAGUGGCUCAAUGAUAAGCCCAUAUUUUCCUAUCCAAGAGCAGCAUGGCACAGCCAGGGCACAUUGGUAGAUGACUUUGCUCUUGCAGAUAUUGAAUGUAAAGCCCAUUCUCCUGUUUCCUUUGGUGAACAGUGGACGAUUGUUUUGAGUUUUGCCUCCCAGUGUAUGCAUGCGUUGUUUACAUAGUGCAGCGUGACUACCGAGGUUAGGGCGACCUUGGUUUCAGAGUGUGUUUGUGGUAUUUCUGAAGCUCAGCUUCACUCCCACGCAUUGGAAGUGAGGUGCAACAUUGCGGCUUAACACUAAGGAGUUGGCUGAAAAUCACAUCAAAGAAAAACUUAUACAGGAAGAGCGGGGGAAAACCCCUCAACUGGCCUGAAGACUAAAUUAACCCAUCCAAACUCCGCCUCGGGCCCGAGGGAUUAACGGACACCUUCCGCGGAGCGAGCCGCCUGAAGCGCGCGCUCACGCCUUCCGACGGCGGCUCCUCCGCGCGCCCGCCCCUCGUCGCAGUUCCUUGCCCUCUCACCCCGCCCACGCGCCCCGUUACCGCCUGCCCCGCGCGUGAACGCGCGCAGGCGCGAACAGCGCGGCUCGCCCCCGCGCAAAGGCGAGUGCUGGCUGGAAGUCGGAAGAAGCGCCGGCGGGAGAACGGGUAACGACGGUCCGCGGCUCGGCCGCAGCUGGCGCCAUGUCGGUGAUGCGGCACGGGGAGGGCAUCGAGGAAGAGGCGAGCCUCCUGUUCCGGCCUGCAGCAGGGGACGAAUCGGCGCAGUCCAGUGGCAGCCCGAGUUCGGACAGGGGGCAUGUAGAGGGGCAUCCCGGUCACGGCAGCGAGCAGUCAUCGCACCGGCUGCUGGCGUACAGUGAUGCGCUGAUCUCUAUCAUUGCCACUGUCAUGAUUUUGCCUGUAAGCCAUACAAAUAUUAGAACAGACCAGGAACUGGAAGAAAGUCUGCAGCAACUUCUUGCAACCAAAAUUGCUGUUUACAUCAUGACAUUUCUAAUAGUAACUGUGGCCUGGGCGUCACAUAUCAGAUUGUUCCAAGUGAUUGAACAAAUAGAUGACGUUCUUGCACUUCUCAACUUGGCUUGUAUGAUGCUCAUAACCUUCUUGCCUUAUACAUUUUCUCUGAUGGCCUCAUUUCCAGACGACACACUUGGAAUUCUGUCAUUUUGUGUUUGUGCCAUUAUCAUUGGAUUAAUUCAGGCUGUAAUUGUAAUUUAUGGAUUCCACCACCCUUACUUAUUGAAUGCUCAUAUUUGUGCAUUAGAAGAUCGAAUUUUGUAUAAAUACCAAAUUUUAAAGGUGACCUUACGAGCUCCAGGUCUGUUCUUCAUAGCAGGAAUCAUAUCUUUCAUCUAUUGUCCAGUGGCAUAUGCAGUGCUUGCGCUUGUCAUCUUUCUCCCAUACAUUACUCAGUUUACACAGAGGUGUGGAAACAAAAUAAAGGGUCCAAAAGAAAUACAAAGUCUGCCAUUUUACACAUUUCAUCCAAAUGAGCCACUGAGCAAAGAGCGUGUAGAAGCUUUUAGUGAUGGAGUAUUUGCUAUUGUUGCAACUCUACUUAUUUUAGACAUAUGCGAGGACAAUGUUCCUGAAUCUAAAGAAGUUGCAGAUAAGUUCCACGGUAAACUCUUUGAAGCACUUAGUGAGUAUGGUCCAGAAUUUCUAGCUUAUUUUGGUUCAUUUGUGACAGUUGGCCUUCUUUGGUUUGUGCAUCAUUCACUCUUUCUCUACAUCACUAAGCCAACGAGACUAAUGGGCCUCCUGAAUACUUUCUCUCUUGCUUUCAUUGGUGGACUUCCAUUAGCCUUUCGGCUCACUCACGAAUUUGCUGCCAAGUCACGCAAUGAAAUUGAGGCAAUUCAAAUUAGCUGUGUUAUAAUUUUUCUUGCAAGUCUCUUUCAGUUUGCAAUAUGGGUUGCAGCACUUUACAAUGAAAAGGAAACCUUGCAUCACCAUAUCCGAUAUGGGGGCAAAGAACAUGCAUUUAUGUUUGCCAAGCUGUCACUUUAUCCUUCUGUUGCAUUUGUUACAUUCUGCUUGACAUAUAUUUUAAGCAGGUUUAGCACACAAAUCUUCCAUUUGAUGCAAAUUAUUGUUCCUUUUGCAUUUGUUCUUUUACGAGUCAUUGUCCGAAUUGCUCUAAUUAUUCUGACAUGGUUAUUUGAUCGAUUAAAACCAAAGACAUCAGUGUUAAAAGAGGAAGAAGAAUCUACUAUCACUGUGAGUGAGAGAUGAGAGGAGCAGUGUUGUAGAGCACACAGCAUGGAAAUGUUAAUUUGGUUUAAAGUGUUCAUAAACACAUUUGGUUUGUUUGUAAUCAUUUGCCCCCUUUGUUAUUUUGUUCAUGAAGCAGCUUAAUGCCUCAAAACUCAUCAAAGGAAACUUUAAAAAUGAAAUGCCUUUGUAUAACCCUGUUAUGUGCCAAUACAGACAAAAAAUGUUGUAAAAUUACAUUCCUUGGUUAUCAAAAUGAUGUUAUUUAUUUUAUAUCUAAUUUUUGUCUAAAUAUUUUACAUCAGUCAUUUUGUUUAAAAAUGUUUGAAUAAUUUGGUAAUGGUGCAAUUUCAGUGUUACAAUACCAAUGUUUCUGUACAAUUUUCAGUUUUCAGUGUUAUGUCAAGUUUCAAUUUUGUCCUUUUGCUUAACUUAAAACACAAUUUUUAUUUUUUUUAUAUUACAUUUUUCUAAAAUGACUACAGUAUUAUCUUUCAAUGUCAAAUUGUGUACAAGUCAAUUACUGAAGGAAUGAGUUGUUUUACCAAUUGUUGUUUUUAGGUAUAAAACAUUCUUGAUAGACUCCUUCACCCUGUUACAAUAAUCAUCUGAAAUAACACAUUUAUAUUCCACAGAUAAAUCCUUCAUUUUUCAUGCCUGUUCCCAGUAUCUAUUACAUUUUAAAUGAUUGCCUCUAACAGCAUAACAGAUUUUGUUGUUGUAGCAGUAAUUGUAAAAGGCCUGCAAUUAAGUUACAGGAGGAAAUAAUAUUUUUGAAUGAACUGGGAAAAAUUCUUGUACAAUAGAAUGGAAUUAUGUAAAAUCCUACAAUACCUCUUAAAGUUUGUCUUAAAAUUCUUCAGAUUUAUUACUUGUUAAAAUGUCAUCUUAUUCUUUGUCCAUGUUGAACUUUUAAAAUGUUUGUUGUCAGAUGCUGAUUAUUCCAAAAUCUGAAAAUUUGAACCUACAAUAUCAAUGGUAAUGAACUGUUAUGGCUUUAAAUAAAUUAUGCUCAUUA